AUGGUCCAUCUAUUGCUCUUCGCUGUUCUCUGUACGUUUUUUACAUAUGUCACCUCUCAAACCCUCGCCUCGGACGAUGGCUACACAGGCUAUACGCUCUCUGUGACCGGCGAUGGAGACUCGGCAGUCUAUGAGACGGCAAACACCGACACAUCCAACGGCACGGCGACGACCCCGCCCGACGUGUUCCUGAACGCAACCGUCUACGUGGGCGAAAUCGACAUUACGGUGUCCAACUUGACGGCAAAGAUCAAUCUCGAUGUCCAAGUGUUGUCGCUGCUCCAGUUCAACGCGGGUGUCGACCUGAGCAUCAACCGCGUCGCACUGACCAUCCAGAAUGUCUCUGCCAAAGUAGAGUUGGAAGCGCGCCUAGAAAACGUGCUGUGGAUGAUCAAUGACACGCUGAACUCGAUUGAUUUGAAUCCGAUCAUCGCAACCCUCGGUACGGACGUGGGCAGCCUCGUCAACGACACCCUCGGCGGAGACACUUCUUCUGCGUCAAGUGAUCUCAGCGCUCGCUCCUUCAACCUCGACGAGGGCAUCCUGUAUUCGGUCAACGACUACAGCGGCAACACCCAUACAAACCGCAUCUUGACCCAGUCUGGCGACAUUGUCGACCAGUCCCUGCACAACGACGGCUCUGUCUAUGGUUCUCAAGUCGUCGGGUCAUACUGGCAUGACAUGACCUUCACCGGUCACGAGAGGGCCGUCCUUUACAACGACGAGAAUGUUCGGGAGCUCGAGUAUUUGUAUACUCCGUUCAAUGGGUUAAGCGUGAUUGCUGCCAUAUAUUUGGAUACUCAGGGGACCGUGGUUGGGACGAAAGUGCUGAGCGAGCUAGAGGGCGGAGGAUCGAGUACGAUCGCCAACGAAUGA